GUGGCUGAUGACUCGAGUUUGUAUGGAUGUUGUGUUCUAGUUGAAGAGAUUGUACAGAAACCUUCUGGAUUGAUUUCAAUACUUUCAGAGGAAAAGCAUUUAAUUUCAUCUUUGAGCCGUCACAUCAUCACGACAGCCAGAUGCUAUUGCAUUUUGUCAAGACUUCCGUUUUUUGAUCUGCACUUCGGUAUAUUGAGAAGCAUAUUCACCGAAGAAAGGUUACAACAGUUGAAGAAAGGGAUUGACAUGCUGUGCCUGGAAUCUCCUGAAUGUUAUGACGAGAAAAAAAACCAUGGACAAGCUAAUGGUAGGGAUGUCAUAAUUUUGUCUGAUGGUGAUGAAGAUGAUAACAUUGAAUGCUCUACACCUACUACUGAAUUUGCUUCCCCUCAGAGGGCAGCAGAUGAAGUGAAUUCUAUUGAUAACAAGAUGCCUGAGGUGUGCCAAGAGACUAAUGGAGCCUUAAAUAUCAAGGAGACAUUUCAAGUCAUUGUAGAACCAGAAGAUCAUACAGCUGAAGAUGCGCCAGACUAUGCUGUCCAAAAUGGCCAUGAAUGUUUGGCUGAGGAUGCUACACAAAAAAAACAAUCAGAGAAGAAUCUUCCUGAGGCUGUUCUACCCCUUUUGCGGUACAACCAGUACGAGAGUUCAGAAUCCUCUUCAAGUUUACAGGGUUCUCCUAGUGAAGGAAGAAGCUUCAGGACUAACAUGUCAGAAGCUGAACUGGAAGAGCCAUCUUCCUCUGGACAUGGUGAUUCUAAUGAUCAUGAUGACAUUCUUGAAUGGGCCAAGGCAAAUGGACAUGGAUCCUUACAGGUAAUUUGUGAAUAUUAUCAGCUAAGAUCCCCUGAUAGAGGUUCUACUCUAGUAUUUCAGCCUCUAGAACACUUGCAUUCAUUAAAGUUUCAUCGACCCGGAGAAACUCUCCUUCAUAUUGCUGGAUCCAUCAUAGAUCUCAGAUCUUUCAGCAGUAGUUUGGAAGUGGCAGAGGCACAGAGUGCACUUUUGGCAGAGGAGGAAGCCACUGCUUUAUCUGUGUGGACUGUUGCAUGCAUAUGUGGUUGCUUGAGGCUUGAAAAUGUGCUAGCCAUGUUUGCUGGGGCUCUUUUGGAAAAACAAAUUGUGGUUGUAUGCUCUACUCUGGGAAUAUUAUCUGCCUCAGUUUUAUCCAUAAUCCCAUUAAUUCGUCCUUAUCAGUGGCAGAGUCUCCUUAUGCCGGUAUUACCCAAUGAUAUGCUGGAUUUUUUGGAUGCACCUGUUCCAUACAUUGUUGGUGUAAAAGACAAAACUGCUGAGGUUCAAUCAAAAUUAUGCAAUGCAAUUUUGGUUGAUGUAAACAAAAACCAGGUGAAGUCCCCUUUAAUGCCCCAUUUACCACAACACAAGGAGUUACUGGCAUCCUUGAGCCCUUAUCAUGCAAAGCUUGUGGGUGAGAGCUACUUAGCCCGAAAAAGGCCAGUUUUUGAAUGUACAGACGUACAGAUUGAAGCUGCUAAAGGUUUCUUAGCUGUUCUAAGGUCUUACCUUGAUUCUCUUUGCUCGAACCUUCGAUCUCACACAAUAACAAAUGUACAAUCCAAUGAUGACAAGGUGUCUUUACUUCUUAAAGAGAGUUUCAUCGAGUCAUUUCCAAGCCGAGACAGACCCUUUAUGAAGUUGCUUGUGGAUACCCAGCUCUUCUCUGUACAUACAGAUCUUGUUCUCUCCUUCUACCAGAAGGAUUAGGAUCACCAGGAAGAAAUAUGGUGGAAACAUAAAAGAAGAUUAAAUUAUACACUAUUUAUUUGUCUAAUAAGACUUACAGGUUUGACUAAUAAACUUGUUCUAAAGCUCAAUCCUUUGUUUAUUCCUGUAUAUUUCCCGUCAAAUGCUGAAGUGUAGAACAUAAUUUUGUGAGAGAGAGAGAGAGAGAGAACCAGUCAAGGGAUACAAAGCUCCUUUUAAGCUUUGAAAUGGAUGCUUAUAUGUUUGGAUGUUUAUACUUUAUUCAUUCAUUUAAGUACACUGCACAUUUCCAUGGCUAGCUUGAUCAAUUGUACUUUAGAGUGAGAAUAUGAAUUUGCGAUUGAAUAUCUUA